AGUUCCGAUAUGGUUGAAGAAAAUCUAACGCUGGUGACUGAGUUCAUCCUCACAGGACUCACAGACCAGCCUAGGCUGCAGGCGCUCCUCUUCUUGGUGUUUCUACUCAUCUACCUCAUCACCAUGGUUGGUAAUGUGGGGCUCAUUGCUCUCAUCUGGAAGGACCCCCAUCUUCACACCCCCAUGUACUUAUUCCUCAGCAGCUUGGCCUUGGCAGAUGCGUGUACUUCUUCCUCCGUGACCCCUAAGAUGCUCAUGAAUUUUUUGUCUAAGAAUCAUAAGAUAUCGCUGUCUGAAUGCUUCAUCCAAUUUUACCUUUUUGGUUCCAGUGCGACCACAGAAUGCUUCCUCCUGUCAGUCAUGGCCUAUGACCGCUAUGUGGCCAUAUGUAAUCCUUUGCUUUACCCAGUGCUGAUGUCCAACAGACACUGUGCUCAAUUUAUAUAUUUUUCAUAUUUUGUUGGUUUUGUACAUUCAGCAAUUCAUGUAUGUUUGCUGACUAGAUUAGCCUUCUGCAAGUCCAAUAUCAUCCAUUAUUUCUACUGUGAAAUUUUACAAUUGCUCAAAAUUUCCUGCACAGAUCCUACCAUUAACAUGGUUAUGAUCUUAAUCUUUUCUGCCUUUAUACAAGUCUUUACCUUUCUGACAGUCAUUGUCUCAUACUCUUAUGUCCUCUUUGCUGUCCUGAGAAAGAAGUCUGAGAAGGGCAGAAGCAAAGCCCUAUCUACGUGCGGUGCCCACCUGCUCUCUCUAGCUUUGUUCUACGGCACUCUCUUCCUCAUGUAUGUGCGCCCAGGGUCUGUGCCAACAGAAGAGCAGGACAAAAUGUAUUCUUUGUUCUAUACCAUAAUAAUUCCCCUGCUAAAUCCCUUCAUAUACAGCCUGAGGAACAAAGAGGUUGUAGGUGCCUCAAGAAGAAUUAUGAACAAAUAA